AUGGCCGGCUCUCGUACUGCCACAGCUGCUGUGAGGCGGCUUAUGAUCGAGUACAAGCAGCUUACAAGCGACCCUAAUACGCUGUUCCCUGCGGUCGGCCCGAUUUCAGAGGACAACUACCUUGAAUGGGAAGCCCUACUGCCGGGCCCUGACGAUACGCCGUACGAAGGCGGCGUGUUUAGUGCUCGACUCUCGUUCCCACCUACAUACCCGCUAGAACCGCCCAAAAUGCGCUUUGAUCCGCCACUGUUCCAUCCGAAUGUGUACCCCGAUGGCCUGGUGUGCAUUAGCAUCCUGCAUGCAGCAGGGGAUGACCCGAAUAUGUAUGAGACAUCCGCGGAGCGAUGGUCGCCCGUGCAGUCGAUCGAAAAAAUCCUGCUCUCGGUGCUCAGCAUGCUGGCCGAGCCUAAUGUCGAGAGUGGCGCGAACAUCGAUGCUUGCAAACUGUACCGCGACAACCGAGCGGCCUACGAAAAGAAGAUUCGCGAUGAGGUGAAGGAGCAACUGGGUUUGUAG